UCUGUUCUCCAACGCUAUUUUAUAGGCGGACUCCUUUCUCCAACAAUCCCUCGCUGCCACUAGCUAAGGGAAGAACUAACCAUGGCUGAUCAGGUUCAACAUCCCACCAUCUAUCAGAAGGUUGCUGGUCAGCUCUCCCUUCAGUCGAGGGUUGCUUCGGGAUUCCGUGCUUGUGAUGAUGGCUUCAGGAACCCUGCACUUUACCAGAGACGUGCAUCAAUCAGCAAUUAUUCAAAUGCUGCUUUUCAAUACCCUGCUGUGCAAUCCUGCGUUGCUACAACUGAUCUUUCUAGGGUUGCCACAACUGCCUCCCCCAUUUUUGUUGCGGCCCCUGCUGAGAAAGGAAACUUUAUGCUUGACUUUCUCAUGGGUGGUGUCUCCGCCGCUGUAUCCAAGACAGCCGCUGCCCCAAUUGAACGUGUCAAGCUGUUGAUUCAAAACCAGGAUGAGAUGAUUAAAGCUGGACGUCUGUCUGAGCCAUACAAGGGUAUUGGUGAUUGUUUCAAGCGUACAAUCCAAGAUGAGGGUUUUGGUUCAUUGUGGAGAGGGAACACUGCCAAUGUCAUCCGUUAUUUCCCCACUCAAGCAUUGAACUUUGCUUUCAAGGAUUACUUCAAGAGACUUUUCAACUUCAAGAAAGAUAAGGAUGGUUACUGGAAAUGGUUUGCUGGUAACCUGGCAUCAGGUGGUGCAGCUGGUGCUUCAUCCCUUCUUUUCGUUUACUCUCUCGACUAUGCUCGUACCCGAUUGGCAAACGAUGCCAAGGCUGCGAAGAAAGGUGGUGGUGGAAGGCAAUUCAAUGGACUGGUUGAUGUUUACAGGAAGACAUUGCAGUCCGAUGGUAUUGCUGGUCUUUACCGUGGAUUUAACAUUUCUUGUGUUGGUAUCAUCGUGUACCGUGGUUUGUACUUCGGUAUGUACGAUUCUCUGAAGCCCGUUCUCUUGACCGGAAAGUUGCAGGAUAGCUUCUUCGCUAGUUUCGCCCUUGGUUGGUUGAUCACCAACGGUGCUGGCCUUGCAUCCUACCCAAUCGACACUGUCCGUAGAAGAAUGAUGAUGACAUCUGGUGAAGCCGUGAAGUACAAGAGCUCAAUGGAUGCCUUCUCUCAGAUCUUGAAGAACGAAGGUGCCAAGUCUCUGUUCAAGGGUGCCGGUGCUAACAUUCUCCGUGCUGUUGCUGGUGCUGGUGUGCUCGCCGGUUACGACAAGUUGCAGGUUAUCGUCUUCGGAAAGAAAUACGGAUCAGGCGGUGCUUAGGCAUGACUUCCUCCUGCUCAAUCACAACUACUACUUGAGUUUGUAGAUGUUGAAGAAGAUCAUGUUCGAAAAGAGUUUGGUGGAUCCCUCGGUCCGGCGGUUUUUCUUUUACCUCAAAUAAUAUUUAGUUUUUUGGAGGCUAAACAAACCCAUUUAUGAGAUUGGAAUGAAUUUUUGUAGAACCUGUUUGAUUAGUGUGGCAAACACUGCCACUCAUUGUCUUCCUUUUUCAAAGUGUUCUGAUCCAAAUUAAUCAAACCCAUAUUUUGUUACAUUGAUGAGAAA